GUUGUAAUAACCUUGAUGAAGCAGGUUCAGAAGGAGAGAUACCCAUUACAUAUUCUGACUGUGCUGCAGCUUGGAACUGAAACCAAAGUCAGAAAUCAUGAAUUGACUGCAGCAGCAUAUCUGAAAAAAAUUGUCAUGAGAUGCACUGAAAUAAAGGACUCAAAAGGAGAUCCUCUUUGCAUUCUUAAUUCUUCAAGUGAGACAGAUGAACAUCUUCUGAAAAUGGAAUACAUUAAGGCUGAUCCUGAUGGGCCAGACUUUGUUACAACUUACAAAAGCACCAAGCAAAACAUCAAUGUCAUCUUUUCAUCUUUGGAUAUUGUACUUCACACAGAGGCUUUACUUUCCAUCUUGAGUUUUCUCACCUUCAGUGUUCCAUCAGGUGGUCUUCCCAGUGCUGAGAAAUCAUCAGACCACAAGCCUCAAACAAAAGAAGAGGAAAAAGGAAGUGCUCUGAGACCAGUGGGUGGUGGUGCAGCCCACGAUGAUAUCUGUGAAUUAAAACUCACUGCAAAGCUCAAUGCAUUUGGUAUCACAGUGUGUGAUCAGACCUGUAGGAUUGCAGACAUCAGAAUACAAGGAAUGGAUGCAUCUGUAGUUAUGAAGCCUAAAAAGAUUAAAGUGUUCUCCAGGCUUGAGGACAUUGUAAUUACAAAUGUUGAUCCAAAAACAGUCCAUAAAAAGGCUGUGUCCAUCAUGGGAGAUGAAGUGUUCAGGUUUCACGUGUCCCUUUACCCAGAUGCCACUGCAGGGGAAGCCUACACUGACAUGUCAAGGGUGGAUGGCAAAAUGUCUCUGAAAGUGGGCUGCAUCCAGAUAAUUUACCUCCACAAGUUCUUCAUGUCUCUCUUGAACUUCCUGAACAACUUCCAGACAGCCCAGGAAGCCCUGACUGCAGUCACUGUCCAGGCAGCAGAAAUGGCAGCUUCCAGCAUGAAGGACUUUGCCCGGAAGAGCUUCCGCCUCUCCAUGGAUGUCAACCUGAAAGCUCCAGUUAUAGUUAUUCCUGAAUCCCCAGCCUCAUAUAACGCUUUGGUGGCUGAUCUUGGCUUAAUCAGAGUUCAGAAUGAAUUCCAGCUGGUGUCUUCAGAUGAGUCUCCUCUUCCUCCAGUCAUUGACAGCAUGGAUGUGCAGCUGACCCAUUUGAAAUUAUCGAGGUGCAUCAUAUCCACAGAUUCUCAACCAGACUCUGAAAUUUUGUGUCCUGUGAGUUUGACUUUACUGGUCCAGAGAAAUUUAGCAGCAGCAUGGUAUCAUAAAUGCCCAACAAUUGGUAUCAAAGGAGACCUGAAGCCAAUGCAGAUUGCACUCAGUGAAGAUGAUCUGACUGUUAUCAUGAAAAUUUUGCUUGAAAACCUUGGGGGAGCUUCUUCCCAACCAACUGCUGUGCAAGAGAAUGUUGAGUUCACACAGAUACCUAAAAAAGGGAAAGUUCCACAUGAAUCUGGUCCUCUUCUUGCUUCUGAACAAAAGAGUGUUUCUACAGCUCAGUCUUCUGUGGAAUGUUAUACAGCACUUAAAUUUGACUUCAAUUUUGAGUCACUUUCCGUAAUUCUCUACAACAGUGAUAAGAAUCAGAGCUCUCUGCUCCCCGUGCACAGCGACAGGCUGCGCCUCGGGGAGCUGCGCCUGCGCCUCAUGGCAUCCUCUGGGGACAUGUUCUCAGAUGGCUCCAUGGACAUUCAAGUUAAACUCCAGGCCUGUACCUUGGAUGAUCUCCGGGAAGGAAUUCAGAACGUGACUGCCAGAAUGAUAGACAAGAAAGAUGACACACAUGACAGUUCUAUGAUAGAUAUAAGGUAUAAGCAGGAUAAAAAUGGAACUGGAGUUGUUGCAGUCCUUGACAAGCUGUACAUAUGUGCCAGUAUGGAGUUUUUGUUGACAGUAGCAGAUUUUUUCAUUAACUCGAUGCCAGCAUCCUCAACUGAAAGAUCUGCACAGUUCCAAUUAAAGCAAGUUGCUUCUGGGAAAUCCAAGCCAGAAACAGAAAUACCUGUACGGCCAAAUAUGACAGUAAAAGCUGUGAUUCUGGACCCAGAAGUUGUGUUUGUUGCUAAUUUGACCAAUGCUGAUGCUCCUGCCUUAAAAGUUUCCUUCCAAUGUGACUUUUCUCUGACAUCUGGAAGGGAUGCACAGAGGAUGACUGCUCAAGUGAAUGGCUUCAAAGUGUUGGCCUGUGCCUUUCUCAAAGAAAAACAAGACAAGAAUGUUACUACUGUGUUACGACCAUGUUCCUUGGUCAUGGAAAAUAUGGUGCAUGUCUCAGGAUUACAGACUGUGGCAGUAACAAUAGAAGAACUUACUAUUAAGAUCUCGCCCAUAAUUUUGAAUACUGUCAUUACCAUUAUGGCUGCCAUAAAACCCAAGGCAACAGAGGAGGAUUCUAGAGGAGCAGCAGAAGUUGCUGAGAAUCUGUGGCAAGUGAAGCCCAUAGACGAGUGCAAUGCUUGGUUCCUCGGGGUUGAUGUGGCCACAGAAGCAACAGAGACUUAUAAGGACCGUGAGCAAAUUCUGAAACAGGAGAAGUUUGACAUUGUGGUGAAAUCAGUUCAGAUGACCCUGGAGUGUGGUCUGGGCCACCGGACUGUCCCUUUGUUGUUGGUGGAAUCUGCAUUUUCAGGUGUCCUUAAAAACUGGUCCUCGCUGAUGGAGGUCUCUGCUGACACGUCACUGGAGGUGUGUGGGAUCCAGUUGUUAGCAGUUUAA